UCCUGAGUGGCGGAUGUGAGGGGUGAGGCGGAGCCAGUGCCAGCGUGCCGCUUGAUGAUUGGUUGAGUCCCGGGCCCCGUCCCCGACGGGCAUGAAAAGACAGCAUAAAAGAUCGUCGCUCGGCGCUCUGGAGGUCAGUAGCCUGAGUCUAACACGCAGACUGUAUCAUGUUGAAGAUGAGCGGGUGGCAGCGACAGAGCCAAAACAAAAGCCGGAACCUGAGGAGAGAGAACUUGGUCCAACUACAGACAUGGCAGCUGAGUCCCUGCCUUUCACCUUUGAGACCGUGUCCAGCUGGGAGCUGGAAGCCUGGUAUGAGGAUCUGCAGGAGGUCCUGUCCGCAGAUGAAAUUGGGGGUUCCUAUAUCUCAUCCCCUGGAAAUGAAGAGGAAGAAUCAAAAACCUUCACUACGCUUGACCCUGCAUCACUAGCUUGGCUGACUGAGGAGCCAGGGCCAGCAGAGGUCACAAGCACCUCACAAAGCCCUUGCUCUCCUGAGUCUAGCCAGAGUUCUAUGGCUCAGGAGGAAGAGGAAGAAGAUCAAGGAAGAACUAGGAAGCGGAAACAGAGUGGUCAGUGCCCAGCCCGAGCUGGGAAGCAACGCAUGAAGGAGAAAGAGCAGGAGAACGAGAGGAAGGUAGCACAGCUAGCCCAAGAGAACGAGCGGCUCAAGCGGGAAAUCGAGCGCCUGACUAGGGAGGUGGAGACUACACGCCGGGCUCUGAUCGACCGCAUGGUCAGUCUGCAUCAAUCAUGACCAAUGAGUUGCCUCUUGGAGCGCACCAAACACCAUCGUGGCAGUGCCAAGCAUGUGGCCCUCAAGUGCACGUGCUGAGCAGGGAGGACUGAGGGUAGACCAAGGGAAGGGUCUCGGCUUAUAUGUACAUGUACAUCCUUUAUUAUUGUCCAUAGCCAGUAAAGGACUUUCUGUGAGCA